GGAGGACUGAGGAGGAGGAGGAGACGUCACGCCUGCGCGGCUGCGCCCACCAUGGACGAGGAGGAGUUCCGGCGCAUGCUCGACCUCUUCCCGGUCGUCCGCUCCCGAGACUACUGCUGCGUAAACCUCCUCCUCCUCCUCCUCCUCCAGCCCUCGUACCCCUCUCCUUUUUCCGUCUGCCUGUGCCGCUAAGUCCCGGGCUCUGAUUUGGGGACCUCCCGAAGUUCCAUGGAGCCGCGAUCUGUGGCUUGGAAGCGUAGAACUCGAUUGGGAAUUCGGGGUAGCAUAGAACAAUCUGCCUUUCUACCGGUUCCAGUGAUCGGAUCUCCUGUUGCCACACACAUUUGCUGGUAUAGUGCAGCUCCGGGUUUCGAAAUCAACUUGAUGUUUGUUUGCAGAAGUGGUUGCGGUAGAGGCCCAUGUAGCCUUUGGGGGAUAUAUAAAAAGAUGAUGGCACAUUAGCAUCCUUUGACGGAAUUUACGUUACUCCUUUUGAAGGAUGCAGUACUACAAACAACGAAGAAAGAAAAACAUAUCCAUGUUCCCUGAACAGACUAGUUUUUCUCCCCUUCUUUUGGGUAAAGGGGACUGCCCAUUUUCUCCCUUUAUUAACGAAGAAAGGCCCUGUAGAAUGGGAAGGAUACAUAUCCUAAUAGACCUUCCCGACAAUUGCUGGGAAUGCUUCUAAAACGGGGUUCCAGGUUUAGUCUAUUGCUCCCAGCCCCUCAAAAUAAGCAGGCUAAUAUUAGUCUUAUACUGAGCAGGCUGCUGUUGGCCUCUUAAAGUGGGGCAAAUAUUAGUGACAAACUUUCAGGUAGAGCGUGACAAAGUCGUCGUCAUCUCUGUAUUGACCUACACAUAGUCCUGCAAUGUCAUGAAUGUCUGUUUCUAUUUGAGUCCAAGGUUUGUGGUUGCGAGAGUAUUAAAUGGGGGCAUGGCCGAAGGGGACAGUGGCUGCGCAUUUAUCUAAAUAGAAAAGCGGGUUGAACCAGAACAAAGAGCAAUGUGUUUGAUAUGGAAUCAUAAGGAAUCGUAUUAGAUGUCCCUUUGCAGAAGUAACCGAAUAAACAUGUCCGAUCUUGGAACAUCCAGCAGAGGAACCAGACAGCGAUCACGAGUUCAGGAGGCAACUAAGGGCGAUAAUAAGGACUCGUCCGGUGGACGAGAUAUGUUUAUGCAGAAAUUGAAGAUGGCUGCGGAGAAUAAGAUUGGAGCGACAAAGGCAGAGUUCUUCUGCAAGACAUUCGAAGAAGUUCAUGAGAAACUUGUUCACAGAGAGCUGAAUUUGGAUGCUGCUAAGAAGUUCCUGAGCGCAUAUGAGAGCUGAUGAUGAACAAUAGGCAAACUUUUAACAACAGGUAGAUGCUGUUGAGCGCAUACUGAUACCGCCUGAUUGGUUCACCGAUCGCCCGUAGCCAGCUCGUAUGCAGCCAGGCUGUCCAGAGACUGUUAUUUGGGCCGUAGAAGUGGAUGCACUCAAAAUAAAUGUUGCGUUUACUCGUGCA